UUAUCUCUACCUCGAUAGUCGCCAUGAAAAUUGUUCCAAAGACUCUGGUCCGCAGAGGCGGCGCCGACAUUCUGAAAACGGUUACAUCAAGCCGAGUCCACAAAACAAGAAGCCUUCGAAAUACACGUGCAGAGCGUCAUGGCAAAGACACACCACAAACACCAAAGCGGAAGAUCGGAUUUGAGUGUCUCGAGGAUUGUGCAUCGCCAAGCAAUGAGCAGACUGCUGUCCAGGUCGAAGAGCAAUCAUCCGACGCAGCGAAACUCUCGCCAUUUCCCGAUUUCAUUCGUCCCACCCCAAGGGAGUGUAAGACAGCUCACGACAUUCUUGAAGGGCUCCACGGCGAUGCCGUCCGUGAGGUAUUCACGGCUCCAGACGCGCCAGCUCAAGAUUACCCCUACGCCAUGGACGCGCUGGUGGUCGCGGCCCUGAGCCAAGCCACAAGCUGGUCGAACGCGAAAAGGGCAAUGCAGCGCAUGAAGGACAUAUACGGCUCACCAUUCGCAUACUCGUCUAUCGUCAAGGGCGGCACCGAUAAGCUCGUCGAUGCCCUCCGACCGGGUGGCAUGCAAAACCGCAAGGCCAAGAUCCUGAUGACCCUGCUCAAAGACGUCGAGGCCAAGUACGGGAAAUGGGAUUUGCAGCACUUAUUUACCAAGACUGACGACGAGGUCAUCACCGAGGUGACCAAAUUCUGGGGGAUUGGGCCAAAGUGUGCACACUGCCUCCUUAGCAUCUGUCUCAAAAGAGACGUGUUUGCUGUCGAUACUCACAUAUAUCGUCUGUCGGGGCUCUGGGGCUGGAGGCCAGCCAAAGCGACCAAAUUGACGGCGCAAGCCCACCUGGACGCGAGGAUACCGAACGAGCUCAAGUUUCCGCUGCAUUAUCUCAUGAUAGCGCAUGGGAGUGCAUGCCCAAAGUGUCGUGGAAAUGGAAAUCCGCGAGGGCAUUGCGAAUUUGAAGAACUUCUCAACAAUAAUAGCUAG